AUGGCUCCACACACCACCUCCACGCACGAGGAACACAUCUCCGAAGUCUCGGAGACGGAUAUCCCCUCCACCACCGAAUCUAUAGUCUCAGAUCACCAAGCAUAUCAUGAAAUGAGUCUAGAAAGCUUGUUUCACCACCUCAAACAGCAGACCCAAUCUAACGAAGAUACGCCCAACGCCAAUAAAGACCGUUUCACACAACUCAAAGAGCGGGUGGACAGGCUUCCUAAGAUCCAUGCCAAUCUUGAAACCACCCUCAAACCACAGGCAAAGAAGGAUAUAGUCACAAUUAAUGAUCCUAUAAUCAUAAAGGCACCAAAGAAAGAUGAGACAGACGACAGUGGCAGCAAAUGGUUCAACAUGAAAGCCCCUGAAAUAACUGAUUCUAUCAAGAGGGACUUGCUAAUUAUCAAGCAGAGAAGUGCUUUGGACCCCAAAAGACAUUACAAGAAAGAUAAGUGGGAGACUCCUAAAUAUUUCCAGAUGGGUACUAUUGUAGAAGGAAAUACCGAAUUCUACUCGAGGAUGACCAAGAAGCAGCGUGGAACCUCGCUCGUUGACGAGAUUCUUCAUGACAACGACUCGCAGAAGUACUUUAAAAGAAAGUACAGCGAGAUUCAAAAACAUAAAACUAGUGGAGGUAAAGCCCACUAUAAGAAGGUCAAGAGCAUGAGAAAGAAGUAUUAA